AUGAAGCAAGUUAAAGCAGAAAUAAUCGAUAUCGAGUAUGAUGAACAACAAAAGUGGCGGAAACGAGAAGAAAACGACGAUGAUGCGCUGAUGGUGGCGCGAAGAAUCAAACAAGAGUUCGAAGAUGCUCAAAACUCUCCAACCCCUCCACCUCCGCCACGUGUAAUGCACGUUAUUCACGAAAAGUAAGAAAAACCAGUCGAACUGUGCAAUUUUACGGCCCGGCGCUUAGCAACUUAUCCGCACCCUUUUUUGCACAAUAAUCAGCCUCGCCGUGCCCGGAAUCUUGCGAAUCUGAUAAAAAAAACUGUCAGUUAGUCCUCCCUUUGUCUCUCCGAAAUUUUCAUCAAAUUCAUGAAACCGGGUGGCCGACGGACGCGCGAGCCACUCGCCCCAAAAUACCGGUCCGAGGGGGUCUAUUUGCGGCGCCUCGAUCAAUCGAAGCUCCGCCGUUUUAUUAUUUUGAAGACCGGUUGGCGAGUAGUCGUUGACGGAUAUGCGGGUGCCAGUAUUCGCUCACUGCCCGGUUUAACAUGGAAUUUGUUCAAAAAAAGAAGGAGAGGAAAAACAGUACUAGUUUCUAGUGAAUUAAAGGAAUUCAUUACGACUUUGUCAUUGUCUUUUCACUUUCUAAUAUUUCAAUGCUCACGCUAUUCCGGAAUACCAAAUAAGCUAGUGCAUUCAAUUAGAAGUGGAUUAACAUUUACAAUUGAAUAUCCAUUUAGGUCAUGUUCAGUUUUCCGGGGGACACAAAACAAAAGCCGGAAAUUGAGGCUAUUCGCAUGAGCACCACACCAGAAUCUCGUUCUUUCGGGACCGGUUAAUUAAUCUGGGCAGCUGUAGAAGAAAGGGAAAAAGAGAGUGCAUGUGUGUGCCCGCACAUUUUCACAUUUUCACAUCACACACUUUUCGAAACAAGGGACAAAAGUGUAAGAUGCGGAGCCUGGGAUACAUACAUACAUAUCGGCCCCUGGUUAAUGAGUUUUUCAUGGGGUGGAAAUGUAAUGUAUUGAUGUGAAACGAAAGAGCAAAGAUCCGAGAGGGACCAGCUUCAACUGUGUGACUUUUUUGCAGCCAUCGACCGGAAAUUGAACGACCCGCUGCUCCGCUUGUUUUCGAUCAUUUCAUUUGUAUGCGCAUCGGACUCAAUUCCAGAAACAAUGUUCAACGAUUAAUGGCUCUUUUGGUUGGUUUUUAUGACUCAUUCUGGUUGGUUCGAGCCGGACAACAAUAGAAUUGAAAAUGAAAAGUGACACGAGAAUUCAUUACAGACUGCUCAUGAAUUCGUUGAUCUCACCGUGCUGCCCGGUCCCUCAAUGAUGCCUCCGCCGAUGCAAACCAUGAUUCAAAUGGGUGAGAUUAUUGGGAUCAAAAUUGUUUUCAAAUUUUUGAGAAAAUUUCAAAAGUUUAGUUCAAAUUUGGCGGAGCGAUAGAUUAUUAGCAACUUUACCGCACUUUUCGCAAAAAAAAGUUCAAAAUCGUCGGCCCUACCCGGAAUCGUACAAAUCUAGAAAAAAACGUUUCGACAAAAAGUUGAGAAUGUUCUUACAGGUGUGCCUCAUCAUCCUACCACUCGCCAACCUCGAAUGAUGAUGCCAUGCGCCCAGGAGCCUUCAACAUCUUGUUCCGCAGAAAUAAUGGAGGUGGAACCCCGAAUGCGACUCCAACCUCAACACGUCAAACUCAAAAAGAACUUUGUGAAAAAGCUUGCUCCAAAACCGAGUUUUAUCAGAUCAGCGGUACUGAAACAGUUCUCAAUGCGUUUUUUGAAAGUUGUUGUUUAGUUCCAGCCUUCUGCUGAUUGCGGUAUUAUACCCAUCAACAUGAACUGCAAAAAGUGUGACGAAAUCAUACCGAAAGGUUCACAGUAAGUCAAACACGUUAUUUCAAUCAGAAUUAUGAUAAUUUCAGUGGCUCGAGCGCUUUGAAUCACGUGCAGAAGAAUCAUUUGAAGAUGGCAGCAUUUCAGUGUCGGAUCUGCAAACAUUAUAGGACAACACAGGAGAGGGUGAGCAUUUUAUUCAUAUUUGCAACGGGCCGGUCUUAAAUGAAUAGUUCUAUUAUCAAACUGAAGUAAGUUGAAGUUAAACUUCAUUUCUCAAAGCGUUUUUUCCACAAAUUUUAAUAUUACAUCUAUUUUUUUAAAGAUACAAUCCCACGUGACCACCGUUCAUAAAGCAAAAUCCACAAAGUUCGACUCAUCUCUAGCUGGACCGCUGUCAGCAGAUGAUAUGAAGAAAAUGGAAGAAAUGAUUACACAUUGCUUUCCAAAGCUCAAAAUGGUAAGUAGCAACUAAAAAAAUAUAUUCAAAAAGCUUACUUUCAUCUUUCAGGAACUCCAAGUGACAGACCGUCUCAUCGCCAAAACCAUGGAAGUCGAUCUCAAAUGA